CGCUGAUUUACUAAAAACCGUGUAGUAAUUUUGCAGCCCUUUUUGAUAGAAGAUGCUGCUAUAUAUAUUUCAUGCAUGUUUUUCUUCUCCAAUGUAUCUAUAACACUAGUUUCUCUCUCUAAAAAUCUUGUUUGUUUUUUUUUUCCUGCAGAAAAAGUGAACCAUGAAGAUCACGGUGAAGAAGUCUACUGUGGUGACGCCGAACGCAGCGACGCCGAGCGGCAAACUGUGGAUCUCAAAUGUGGACUUGGUUACGGCCACCACCUACCACACCCGCAUUCUCUACUUCUACCGCUUCAACGGCUCCGCCAACUUCUUCGACCCGGCGGUGCUUAUGGCGGCGCUCAGCCGCGUCCUGGUGGAGUACUACCCUGUGGCUGGGAGGCUGACUAGAGACGAAGAAGGCCGCAUCUCAAUUAACUGCAAUGGCGAGGGGGUCCUGUUCGUGGAGGCGGAGUGCGAUGGCGAGAUUGACGAUUUGGGGGGCUUCGCCCCCCGCCCGGACCUAAGCCUCAACCCGGCCGUCGAUUAUUCCCUCGGAAUAUCCACGUAUCCUCUUCUGUUGAUACAGCUGACCCGUUUCAAAUGUGGAGGAGUGUGUUUGGGGCAUGGAAACCAGCACCACUUAUCAGAUGGUCCGGCUGCUCUCCGUUUUACCAAAACAUGGUUCGACUUAGCCAGGAGCCUCGCCACCUCCACCGCCACCGUCACCACCGCCGCCGACGCACCGCCGUUCAUGGACCGGACACUUUUGCGCGCGCGUGACCCACCGCAGCCCCGGUUCACCCACAUCGAGUACCACCGCGGCGGCAACCUGCAGCCCCUCUUAGCUUCCGAAAAAACGUAUUCUGUGUUCAAGCUGACGUCGGACCAGAUCAACGCCCUGAAAGCCAAAUGCAACGUCGACGGCGGAAAUGGGCCGUUCCCGGCGGCCCGUUACACGACAUUCGAGGUUCUCGCCGGCCACGUGUGGCGGUGCGUCUCGGAGGCACGGGGCCUGCCCGGGGAUCAGGAGACGAAGCUGUACGUGUCGACGGACGGGCGGUCGAGGCUAUCGCCGCCGCUGCCGCCGGGGUAUUUCGGCAACGUGAACUUCUCGGCCACGGCGGUGUCCCUGUGCGGGCAGCUCCGGUCGAACAACGUCUGUUUCGCCGCCGGGAAGACAAGGGAAGCCAUAGCAAGGAUGGACGACGAGUACCUGAGAUCGGCGAUAGAUUACCUGGAGGUGCAGCCCGACAUAAGCGCCAUAGCGCGUGGGCCUGGAACAUACAAUUCACCGAAUCUUGGAAUAAUAAGCUGGCUGAGGCUGCCGGUGUACGAAGCUGAUUACGGGUGGGGCAAUCCCGUCCACGUAGGACUUGCGGCGGCGCCCCCGGAAGGGAAAUGCCAUUUAUUGCCGAGCCCGGCGAGUGACGGAAGCUUGCUGGUAUCGAUAUCGCUGGCGAAAGAGCAUAUGCGUCUUUUUGAGAAGCUCCUCUUUCAUGUUUGAAUUAUUGUUGAAUAUCUGCUUUCUCUCUCUCUGUGUGUGUGUGUGUGUUUUUGUGUGUGAGAGAGAGAGUAAAAUAAGAAUCCAUCAAGCUCUACUUCUUUAUUUUUAUUUUUUCAUUAAUAUCAAAAUAAAGGGUUCUAAUUUCGAUUA